AGUGUCGUCUCCGUGACUGCAUGGGAUGCUGCAAGGAGUGGACAGCCCGAUCACAACAAUAGCGCAGAGUUAGCGGCUUGCGUUGUCACUCUGUGGGUAGGGAGGUCAGCGAUCAUGUACACUUUCGUGGUGAGAGAUGAGAAUAGCACUGUCUAUGCUGAAGUGUGUAAGAUCCUCCUCUCCACGGGACAAUGGAAGAGACUGAAGAGGGACAAUCCCCGGUUUAAUCUCAUGCUGGGAGAAAGGAACAGACUGCCAUUUGGGAGACUGGGGCAUGAGCCUGGACUACUACAGCUGGUAAAUUAUUACCGUGGGGCAGAUAAGCUUUGCCGGAAAGCUUCUUUGGUAAAACUCCUCAAAACAAGUCCGGAGCUUUUUGGAUCAUGCCCGUGGUUUCCAGAAUCCUAUGUGAUUUACCCAACCAAUGAGAAGUCUGAGAAGUUAACAGUGGGGCAAGUGAGGAAAGGACUUCAAGACCUAAUAAACAGCACCCGCACGGAUGAGCGAGAAGAGUUCCUGGAAUCAUUCAAUGAGAGGAAGGAGAGUGGAAAAGGGAAUGUGUGGAUCGCCAAAUCCUCUUCAGGCGCCAAAGGGGAAGGAAUUCUUAUAUCUUCUGAUGCAACACAUCUCCUAGACUUCAUAGACAAUCAAGGUCAAGUCCAUGUUAUUCAAAAAUAUUUAGAAAGCCCCCUAUUACUAGAACCAGGACAUCGCAAGUUUGAUAUAAGAAGCUGGGUCCUUGUAGACAGCCAGUACAACAUCUACCUGUAUCGAGAGGGUGUAUUAAGGACAUCCUCAGAACCAUACAAUGAUUCUGACUUUCAGGACAUGACCAGCCACCUGACCAAUCACUGCAUUCAGAAAGAGCAUUCCAAAAACUAUGGGCGCUAUGAAGAUGGCAAUGAAAUGUUCUUUGAUGAGUUUAAUCAGUACCUGGAGAAUAGUCUGAACAUCAACCUAGAAAACAGUAUCCUCUGGCAGAUAAAAGAAAUUAUAAGAGCCUGCCUGACAUGUAUAGAACCUGCAAUCUGCACUAAGCAUCUGCCCUACCAAAGUUUUCAGCUGUUUGGUUUUGACUUCAUGGUCGAUGAAGAACUGAAAGUCUGGUUGAUUGAAAUCAAUGGUGCCCCAGCCUGUGCACAAAAAUUGUAUGCGGAACUUUGCCAGGGCAUCGUAGAUCUUUCCAUCUCCACCGUCUUUCCUCUGAAUGACGCUGCGCAGAAGCGGAAUCAGGACAAUAUAUUCCUCAAACUUUGAGCUAUCUGCCUUAUUUAAAUACUGAGAAGCUCAGCUGCCACAUUAUUUAUUGUUCACAAUACAAACCAAUGUCUUUCCCAGUAUCAUGCCAAAUGGAGACCUAAUAGGAAUAUGGAGAUCAGUGGAGUUUCUAAAGACUUCGGGAAGAGCUGAACUUGACUAUGCUUUGCUUUUUAAAUGCCAAACUUUCCGUUUUUAUAUAUUUAUUUUGUAUAUAUUUGUUGUGGGUUUUUUUUUUAUAAAUUAGAAGAUGAAGGAUGCUGCCUGAA